GUGAACAAGCUGCAGGAGGCUUUUCAGGAGCAGUGCAACCUCAGAGUCGAGAAUGAGACGCUGAAGAGCAACAUGACAAUCUUGCAGCAACAGAGUAUCAGAGCAGCAGAGGAUAAGGAGGCUGAGAUCCAACGACUGCACGGGGAAAUGAAAGCACACAAAGACAACCACCAGAGGGCGCUAGACACUGCCAUUCAAGAUUGCAAGGGGCAGGUUGAGGGGGCCCACAAAGAAGCUUUGGGUCAAAUACAAGCCAAAGAGGCUGAAGUUUUGAAGUUACUGGCUCAAAAGGAUCUGGAUCUGGAGGAGAUGAACAGGAAGCUGAAGGACCAGGAGAGAAAACAGCAAAGCGAGCUUCUGAAGCUGCAAAUUGAGUUUGGUGAAAAGUUGGGGAGAAUGCAGAAUACUGCUCAGAUGAGCCAGCAGCAGCAACAGCAACACGACUCCGUGAUAUCCGCACAAAAUUUCUUCAAGAGGAAGCUGCAGUUCAUGCAGGAAGAAAAGAACAAGGAGAUUGAGGCUCUACGUCAGAGAGUCAAAGAGCUGGAGGACAGUCAACGUGUUGCCAGCCUCUGCAGCCGUUCAAAGAAAAGAAGAACCUAAAUUGUUUUAAGCGCUAGUAGGAGGCUGCUGCCCUGUCACUUCCGAAGGUUCAAGCAACACCGCGCAACUGCGAGUGUCCUGGGUGUUAACAUUUCCGGAUUCGUUGAAUUCCGGUAUUUGACUUUCUCACGGGGUCAUCCAACAGGAUCAUCGUCUCCAAUGCACUGUGUCCUGUCAUACCUCGAUUUGCUGUUUGACUGCCAAGCUGGCAGGUGACCAGUGCACUGAGAUCGCAGUUCAACACAGGCUGUAUUCCUGCCUAAGGCUUUAAUCCAAUCAGACAUCUCAAUCGGUGGAGGGCAGGCAGGAGGAGCACUAAGUCGAAAAACACGAGACCGAUUGCCGUUCAACAAACCAACUCUGUUGAUCUUUUCUACAGUUAAUUCACGUCCACUUGUUGAAUGAUUAAUUUCUUGGAGUUAGCUCAACUCGAAACGGGCCCCCGGGCCUUGAGUUUGCCACACGUGGUUUACAGGGUGAACACGAUCGAAAAUGGACGUAUGGAUGCAUAGUUCAACUCAUCGUGAUAUUUUUAUGAUGAUAUUCGAUCCUUUCUGCUAUUGUGCUUG